AUCUCUAGCUGUAUGUUUGACUCUUGGCGCAUUAAAAUUUUGUUUAUUUAUUGCGUUGUAGAGAGUUUUUCACUAAUUUCCAGUGUUUACCCAUGAAUAUCAAUGAUGGGGACUUUAAGGACCUCCGCUGCAAACUGGACAUCAUGGGUUUCACCCAGACACUUCCCGUUUUGGCCAUUCCACUUGUCCAGGCGAUUUUUGGUGACUUGAUCAAGACCACUGAAUGUCUAAGAGAUACGAAAAAGAAGGUUGCCGAAUUACUCGAGGAGAAAACCUGUUGGGAGCUGGGCGUCGAACCGUACAAGUGCGAUAAUUCUCGCCUGCUGGCCGAGUGUAAUGAACUCCAUUUGCAGUUUUUAAGGGACCGAGAGGACUAUGAGCUGCGCCUGUGCGAAUCUGAACGCAAAAUUCGAAACCUGGAGACGGACAAGCAGCACUUACAGAGCCACAAUGAUGGACUUCAAAGCCAACUGGAUGCUUUGCUUUCCAAGCAAAUGGUUUUAUCAACAACGGCCAAAAAAGUUCCAACUGGGAUAAGCCGUCAAAACAAGAAACCCUUCAUAAGUACAGUGCGUUCCGGUAAUGUUCUACCCACUGUACUGGGCACCGGCAUUUCCGCCCUUAAGUGCACAAAAUGCAAUGCAGGGGUGUUCCAAAAGACGACAACAACCACCAAGGAUGGUGUGACAGUCACCCAAACCAGUGGACAGGAGGAGCUGGACAAGCUGCAGAACGAUCUCACUUCAGCUGGAGAACAACUGGAAUUCUACAAACGCAAAGUGGAGGCCAGAAAUCGAGAGAUCAUUCGGUUAAAUGAUAUGCUAGCAGGAGGACGACCGCCGGCAGCUUUGGCCAAGGAUUGCUGCUACAAGGAAGUGGGCGCCCUCUCCCAGGACAUUGAUUUGCUGCAGCACGAAAAGAGCGAUCUGAUGUUGCAGGUGCGCGAUUUCCAGGACAAGAUGCACGAUGCCAUGCAACGAGCUCUGGCUUCCGAGGACGAGAAAAGGAAGCUCCAAACGCAGCUGGAGGAACUGAAGGAGGCUGCACUGCAGGUCGAACAGCAGGCCAAUGCGGAGAUUGAUGCCAAGGAGUUGGAAGUUAGACAGCUACAAUUGGAACUGAAGCAUCUGCAAAAAGGCAAGGAUCAACGAUUGACUGGUGGAUAUGCAUGCAUUCCAAGUGACAAACGCAAUUUAAAUGAGCGCUUGAAUCAACUCACUCGCCGCGAAGAGGAACUGGAGGCCACUAACGAGAAGCACAAGAAGAAGCUGCAUAAAAUGCAGGCCAAGAUUUUGGAGCUGCAAAAGGAGCUCAAGGAUAAGAACCAACAUAGCACUGUGAACCUGGACGAGGAGAAGAUACGCCUGACAUCCGAAAGGGACUUCUUCCAAAAGGAGUACCUGCGACUAAUGAGCAAGUCUGGUUCGGAGUCGGAGAUUGCCUUCCUGCACUCACAAAUUAAAUCGAAAGAUGACGAAUUGCGGGCCCUUCGAACUGAGUUGUUCCCUGGGGGAAAACUGCAGUUUUCGCCGCAAAAGUGUGUGCAGUAUGAAACUCUUCCGCCGGCUACAGCUUCGUCCAGUGCAUCAACUGCCAAUAGCAACCGUAGUGACUGCGUCCAGGCCGCCAUUGCCAGGGUGGAGCGGGAACGGGAUUGUGCUAGGUCAGAGCUCGAACGAGUUCGCUGCGAGCGAGACACUCUAAGGGAGAAGCAACUCUGCACUGUUCAACUUCACGCCGAGGAGCUGCAAGCUCUACGCCUGCGCAACGAAGAGCUCAACGAUCGAUUGCGGCAGAUGGAAAGAGAUAAUCGGGAACUCAAUUCGGCUCGAUUGCCAGCCGAGACAAAUCUAGCGCUGCUCAAGGAGGAUCUGGUUCAAAUGAGACAGCGCGUGGCCACCAUGCAGACCGAAAUCGAUCAGCUAAAGACGGAGAAUAGUCAGAUAACCAUGCUCAACGAUCAAAAUGAACGCAUCAUAGCGGAUUAUCAAAGUAAACUUUUGGUUGCCGAGCGUCAACGGCAAUCUGCGGAUGUAAGGGCCAGCACCUUGGACUCAAGCCGGGAAUCCAAUCGUAACGAGGUGACUCAGCUGCGCACGGAUAUUGGAGCUCUGCGACAGACCUACAUUUCGUUGGAACAUGAAAAGGAUACGCUACUGCACCAGCUGGACAGCAAAACUGAGCGAGCUUAUAAACUGGAGUAUGAACUUAAGGAUUGCAAAGAGAAACGAAAUGCUUUGGAGCAAAACGUCAAGGAAUUGGAGGAACAAGUGCGCAAACUGACCAACAGGAACCGGCAGCGCGAUUCAGAACUGACGGAGACCUCCACUGAAAGUAAAACGCUGCGGCAGCAGAUUGUGGCACUCAAAGCCAGUCGCGAUGAGGCAAUAUCAGAGAAUCGCCAUCUGAUGGACAAAUUGAGCGAUGCCCAAGUGGAAGCCAGGACAUUGCAAAAUAAGCUGACGGAUUCGGAGAAGCAGGUGGCCAAUAUGAAGCAGCAGCUGCACAAAUACGUCCAGGAGGUGAAGAAGGCCGAGGAUCUGCUCACCCAGAAGAUGCUCUCUAAAUUAAAGGAAAAGGAGCGCGAUGAGAUGCUGGAUCAUUAUCACUGCCUGACCCAAGAUCAGGCGACGCUGGAGGGAAAUAACCAGAGUCUGGAGUGCGAAGCAGCUGAGUUCAGACGACAGAUCUGCGAGCUGGAGUGCGAGGUGCGCAGCCUGAAGGAUCAGUUGCAUUGCCGCCAAGGCGCCCUGGACGAUAUGGAGGUGCAACUGACCGCCGCUCGCGCCUCGUUGAGAUGCCUGGAGCGGGAACUGGAGAACGCCCGCGAUGAUCUGCGUGUCCAGAAGGUGGAUCUCGAGGCUCGCAAGGAGCUGUGCGACAAACUCGACGUGGAAAAGAGCAAGCUCAAUGCGGAGCUCAACGAAGUUAAUGAAAUCCGUAAAAAGCUGGAAAAACAAUGUGAAAAAUUGCGCGAUGAACUCCAGCAGAGCUCGGCCCUCAAUCAGAUUACCACAGAAACCACUGAUCAGAUGCUGGGCCGCUUGCAUAAUGAUCAACAGCGUCAGGAUGACGAUGACAUCAGGGCCAAAAACGAAAUGGAUCGACUGCAACGUCAACUUCAACAAACUUUGGAUCAACUGCAGGAAGAGCGAGCUCGCUGUAGACACCAGGAGAACUUGGCCACCGAAUUCGAGCAGCAAGUCCGCGAUCUGCGGCGGAAUCUCACCGAGGAUCGUUACAACCAAGCCAGGACGCGCGCAGUUAGUCCUCGAGUGCCAUCAACGACUUUGUAAUGCUUUAUUUGACAAAUCUUGUAACUUGUUUGUAUGUUAACUCAAAUUUAAUGUUUUGCUGGGAUAUCGAAAUUGUAAAAAUAUAAGAAAUGUUGUCAGAACUGAA